AUGACAAUCGAAAGUGAGAGCAAAACUCCGAUCAGUGCGCUAACAUGGAAUCCACAUACAAACGGAAAUACAGUAGCAGUAGCUUUUGAUGAUUCAGUGAAAGGAAUUGACACUCGUAGUCUCGAGUUACAUAUUAUGGCAACAUGUGGUGAUGAUUGCCGAGUGGCUCUGUGGGAUUUGCGUAAAACAAACGAACCAUUAAAAGUUUUGCAGGACCACACGCAUUGGGUGUGGUGCGUGAAAUUCAAUCCAAUUCAUGACCAACUAAUCUUAUCAGCCGGUAGCGAUGCUAGGCUUUUUUUGAACAGCGUGGAAUCGUUGAGCUCCGAAUCGAUACACUCCCUUGCAUUGUUACCCGAUGAAAAUGAUUCGCCACCUCAGGAAAAUAAACUGGGUGAUGAACGGCUGGAAAAGAUGGAAGAGCAUGAGGAUUCGGUGUACAGUUGUGCAUGGGCUGGUAACGAUCCAUGGGUAUUCGCAUCGGUAUCCUACGAUGGCCGACUGAGGCUGAUUUUAGUGUGGUGA